AUGGCCAUCCAACCCGUCUGGUUCAUCACCGCCGCCUCCUCUGGCUUCGGCAAGGCCAUCGCCCUCUCCGCCCUCCGCCGCGGCCACACCGUCAUCGCCACCGCCCGCAGCACAUCGCGCAUCCAAGAUCUCGCCACCGCGGGCGCUCACACGCUGGCCCUUGACGUGACCUCUCCCCUCUCCACCAUCGAGGGCGUCGCCAAGCAGGUCUUUGCCGAGCACGGCCGCGUCGACUACCUCAUCAACGCCGCCGGCUACAUCCUCGAGGGCUCCAUCGAGGAGGUCAGCCCCGAGGAGGUCUACGACAGCUUCAACACAAACGUCUUUGGCACCAUGAACACCGUCCGCGCGUUUCUGCCGCACAUGCGCGCGCAGCCCCUGGCGGAUAACGGCGUCCGUGGAGUUGUCGCCACGUUUGGGAGCUUGGGUAGUUGGCGCGGCGUGGCGGGGAUGGGAGUUUACGCCAUGACAAAGUGGUGCUGCUCUGCGCUGGGCGAGACGUUGGCUGGCGAGCUCGAGCCGUUCCAGAUCAAGGCGACGGUGAUUGAGCCGGGUUACUUCCGCACUGGGUUCUUGAACCCGGGCGCGAGGGUUUCGUCAAAGGCUAGGGUUGGUGCGUAUGAGGAUGAGAACACGCCGACGGGCCAGGCGAGGAGGGCCCUCGUGAAGACGGAUGGGAAUCAGCCUGGCGACGUGAACAAGGGCGCGGAGGUGGUUGUCGAUGUGCUGUCGAGCACGGGGGUUGCGAGCGGCAAGGAGCUGCCCGUGAGGGUGAUGCUCGGUAGUGACACGGAGGGGGUUGUUAGGGAUAAGUUUGCGAGCACCAUGGGGAUUCUCGAUGAGUGGAAGGAGGUUAUUCGGAGCACUGACGCUCCUCUCAACUGA